UUAUUCCCACCUGGUUUUGUGAGCUGAGCGAUGUGGUUUUAACAUGUACCGUGCUGCAGGUACAUACGAUGAUUUUGAUGAUGACAUUCCUACUCAAUAUGUCAUUCAACAAAGUUUGCAGGAUGCGCAUAAGAGUGAGACGGUAACCACAGCAGAGAAUGACAGAUUUCAUUUUACUACAAGUGCAAAUCACAGAAAGAUAAUUACUGCCAUUAGGACAGGUGAAGAAGAGACUUUGCUUAAGUUGAUAAGCCACAGCUCUGCUUUUCAGGAACAAGAUGGACACAGCUGCCUUCCUUUACAUGAAGCUGCAGCCCAAACGAACAGGCAUAUCCUAGAAAUAACUCUGAAAGCUUCAGACCCCACAGUGUGGCAACAGACAAAUGUGAAAGGAGAGACUCCUCUCUUUGUAGCGGUGGAUAAAUGUCUUGUGGAAAAUGUCCAUUUUCUGCUACUCAAUGGCUUUAACCCUGAUAUUAAGAAUGAAGAUGGAGAUUCUCCUUUAUUUAUAGCUGUUCAACAUGACUCAUAUGAAAUUGCCUCCUUGCUGCUACAAUUUGGUGCCAAAGUCAAUCUGCAGUGUGUAAACAAGAGGACAGCUUUACAUGAGGCAGCCAAGCUUGGCAAAAAAAGCAUGGUGGAAUUUCUGCUUUGGUCUAAAGCAGAUCCUGAUCCACAGAGCUCAUAUGGCCUCACUCCUCUAGCAUUGGCAGCACAGAAUGGGCAUACAGAAAUUCUGGAGAUCUUAUUGCGCAAUGGUGCCAAUGUUCUUUCCCAGGCAUCGGAUUGUGCAUCCAUAUUAUUUGAAGCUGCAGGAGGAGGAAAUCCAGAUUCUGCUUCUCUUCUCCUAGAGUAUGGGGCUGAUGCCAAUGUACCGAAGCAUUCAGGUCACCUGCCUAUCCACAGAGCUGCUUAUAGAGGACACUUAUUAGUUCUACAGAUCUUGGUUCCUGUGACAGAUUACUCUGCCAUAAAGGAGAGUGGAAUCAGUCCAGUUCAUUCAGCAGCCGCAGGAGGCCACUCUCAGUGCCUUGAGUUCCUUCUCAAAUCUGGAUUUGAUGCCAAUUUCAUGUUGCAUCAGAGAGUCCGCAAAGGCUAUGAUGAUGAACGGAAGUCAGCUCUGUAUUUUGCUGUCUCGAAUGGGGAUAUUAACUCGGCUCGGCUGCUCCUAGAAGCUGGAGCCUUACCCAACCAAGACCCUGUUAACUGUCUCCAGGUGGCCUUAAGAAUGGGCAACUAUGAGCUUGUUAGCCUCCUGCUUCGCCAUGGGGCCAACGUGAACUACUUCUGUAGGGUUAAUACAACACAUUUCCCAUCAGCUCUGCAGUACACACUGAAAGAUGAAGUCAUGUUAAGAAUGUUGCUGAACUACGGGUAUGAUGUGGACCGUUGCUUUGAUUGUUCGCACGGAGACAAGCAUUCCCGGUACAUGUUUGAAGGAUGGACCUCUACUGUUAUUAAAGACAAUAUGUUCUGUGAAGUGAUUUCUGUAGCAUGGUUAAAGCACCUCUCUGGAAAAAUAGUACAUGUGAUGCUAGAUUAUAUGGAUCACAUACGACUCUGCGCUAAACUUCAGGGUGUUCUUCAAGAGCAAAAACUGUGGCCAGAAAUCCGUACAAUUUUGACAAACGUCCGCCCCUUGAAACACCUUUGCCGUCUGAAAAUCCGAAAGUGCUUAGGACGCCUUCGUCUACGUUGUCCUGUCUUCCUGACAUUUCUGCCACUACCAAAUCGCUUGAAAGAAUAUAUACUCUACAAGGAAUAUGAUCUCUAUGGACAAGGAAUACUGAAAGGAAACUGCUAAUUCAAGUUCAUAAGUUAGUGUUGCCAGAU